CAAAUCCUAUUUGCCAUUGUACCUGCCCAAUAGCAGAGACAGAGCGCGUUUUGACUCAGAUGGGAUUUCAUUGUUAUCAUUGCAAUCCAGCGCAAGUUUGACGCAGUGAUCUCUGCGCUUCAUCCUCCAGGAGCUGAAGCAGCCGCUGAUGACUUGAUUUUUUUCCCCUCACUUAUUCUUCCGGCUAUAUCAUUUUAUAAUACAGGUUAUACAUUCUGCAAAACGUUAUUAUUAUUAUUAUUUUUCUUCUCCUAAGUUUUGAUGGUGAUCCACAUCGGAGAGUAGCCUAAUCGGUGAUGGCAGACUCUGACACGCAAGAGACUCGACAACCCGCCAAAGACUCACCUUUCUCCAUCAAGAAUCUCCUGAAUAUUGAAGACAAACCCGCGAAACCGAAAAACCUUCUCGCCUCGUCCAAAGGAGUUUUCGAAAGCAGAUUCUUUUCUCGGCUCGGGGACUUGUCUUUUCCUCGAUUUGAGUUGCCAGCACAGAGGUUCGGACUACCGGCACAGUAUUUGGAGAGAACAUCUGCAUGGUGGUACCCAUACACGCUCGGAGCGCACUUUAGGACUGCAGCAGGAUGUGAGAAGGUUAACCUGCGGGAAGCAUCGCCAGCGUCGGAGAGACGCUCCCCAGAUCUCCCCAAAAGUGACCAAGAUGCCAAAGAGGAAAGCGCCGACGACGAGAUCGCUCUGGACGAAAGCGACGCGGAGGAGCCCAAAAAAGAGACGGACCAGGGGGGCGACCACUGGAGGAGGAAAUCGGAGGAAAUCGACUCAGACAAGAAGCCCUGCCGCAAGAAGAAGACGCGCACGGUGUUUUCCCGGAGCCAGGUGUUCCAGCUGGAGUCCACCUUCGACAUGAAGCGCUACCUGAGCAGCUCGGAGCGGGCCGGCCUGGCUGCGGCGCUGCACCUCACCGAGACGCAGGUCAAGAUCUGGUUCCAGAACCGCAGGAAUAAGUGGAAACGGCAGCUGGCCGCGGAGCUGGAGGCGGCCAACAUCAGCCACGCGGCCGCGCAGAGGAUUGUGAGGGUCCCCAUACUUUACCACGACAGCGGGGCCUCCGACACGAACGCUGGCCCCGGGACAAACUCGCCCGGCAGCCAGUCGCUGCUGACUUUCCCCCAUCACAUGUACUAUUCCAACCCGGUCCCGCUGCUGAGGCCAUAACAAGGAUCAGAAUGUACUGGACAUGUUUAUGAAUGAAAAAUAAAUACAAUUUUGUAUAUUUUGUAGAUUCAGCUGAACACUCAA